AUGCCAACAAAAGAAGUGCCUUACCAAAAUUACGCUUAUAUAAAAAAGGAUAUUUUAGACAAACGGAAGGGGAAGACUUAUUCUUCCGAAGAUGAUCUGUUUGCCGAUCUUUCCUUUCCACCAGACCUGUCCUCUCUCAGUUAUGUUUAUAGCGGGGACGAUAAGUACGAGAAAAUGAUAUUCAAAAGACCUCUGGAGACCACUUCUAUCGCUGUGCUGUUUGGAGUAGGCGGAGUGGUGGAAGCAUCGUUUCCAUGGCGGGAGUUCCGGAAGCGGAAAUGGUUUGAAGCUGCUGUUGUGAUUGCUUCUCUGUGUGUUCACUACGUAGAAAAGUUGAUCCCUGGGUACCGGUUGUGUGAACAAAACUUUUCACUGGAUUAUAUAGGUGCCUUCCACUUCAACGUUUGGCGGUUCGGAGAGUGGAUCAAUGUUGUGGUGGACGACAACCUACCCAUGUUCGACAAUAACCUCAACUACUGUCGCGCAUUUGGGAAUCCUCCAGAGUAUUGGGGACCUUUACUGGAAAAAACGUAUGCAAAAAUUAUGCAAACUUACGAAGCCAUCGAAUAUGGAAAUACCCUCGACGCAUUGACGGAUAUUACCGGUGCUAUAUGUGAAUUCUAUACCCCGGAUACAAAUCCCCCGGAACAUUUUUUUCAUAUUAUCUACAAAUCCUGGGAGAACCGGUCGUAUAUGGUUUGUUGGAGGAACAACAAACGACUGACUCCCGCUGGGUUUAACCACUUCCGGUAUGAUGGUGAAGAGGAAGAAAUCGAAUCAGGAGACGAGGAGAGAUUCCUUCAUAUCAUCACUGCCGUCACUAAGUUUCCUUCAAUGGACGCAAGGAUGGUGGAAGUUAUAAGACUUAAGUGUCCAUUCAACGCGGAGCCGCGAUGGAAAGGGAAAUACUCUGACAGGGAUCAACUUUCAUGGAAAUCUUUGAAUUCCGGAUUUUUGGAACGGUACCGACCCCUUUUAUGUAAAGACUCGGAUGAAUAUUGGCUUUCAAUGGAAGACUUCCGGUGUAAUUUUGGUGGAUUAGUUAUCUGCAGCGGGAAAGAACCCUUUCGAUUGGAGGGAUUCAACCUUGAUAGAGUUUACUCGUGCACAAAGGAAGCGGGUAUGGUUGUCAAUAACAACACGAGCAACGAGUCGGACAGCAGACAUUCCGUGUCAAACGUGGUGAACAACGCUCAUAUUGAGAAAUAUACGGCGGAGCUGUAUACCAAUAAAAUAUCCCCUCGUAUACAGGAAGCAAACAACGAGAUCACUGUGAAGGAAAAUAAACAAACUAUCAAAAUGGAUACUACCAAGAAAGAUCAGUUCACACAUAAUAAAGUAGGCAUCAUUUCGCCUCGCGUCGAUACGAUGGACGAAGAAAGUAUAAUGACAAUUCUUUUGAAACAACGAAGACGAGGCUCAGAAAACCCAAAUAGUGCCAGGUCACAUGAUCCAAUGGGAUACGCACGCAAGCGCAGUGCUUCACACGCGAACACACGCUUAGACAAUCUAAGAUAUGACCGACUGCAGCCAUUAAAUAACAGUAUUUCUACUAAUUCAGUUUCGUCCGAACUGGAGAGCACCUUUUCUACUUCCGAUAUUUCAGUUAACAUUCCAGAUCACAUAUCUCGUGAGAACUCUUUAACUUCAGGUUGUCGAAACUUGUCUUUUCCCCUUUUGCAUCCCCGGACCUAUUCGACUGGAUCUCUUUCCCAUUUAACUCAGAGCAACUUCCUGGCAAUGAAGAAAGACAGUUUCCGGUCGCAUGGUGAUUGGAAAGGAAUUCUGGAGCACUAUGACAAAUGGACGAAGCAAAUGACGACAGGUUCGAACGACAUGAAGACUAAUUCUAACAAUCCUAGAAUAUGCUUUGCCAUUAAUAACGGCCAAACCUCUGACGAUACUAUUUCGCCGCCACCUUUUCGUGGGAAAUCGCACGUGCUGAUCUCGUUAUUACAGGAUUGUCGUCACGGACCGUCGACUGCCAACAGCCUACUUGUGCCAAUAGGGUUUGGUGUUUAUAAGACAAAGAGUUCUGACAAAGACGAAAAACGUCCUCUGUCUAAGCUUCAGACAAUAGGUCAGUUUGAAUCCGCCCGUGACCAACGGGAGGUAAGCGGACGCUUGGAUUUGGAAGAAGGAAACUACGUCAUAGUUCCGUAUUGCAAAUCACGUGGUCAUGAGGGAAGUUUCCUGUUGCGCAUGCUCGGUGAUAAAAGAACUGUGGUCGGUAAAGUUGGAUGCAUUGUAUCUUGAUGGUGAACAGUUCAUCUCCGUCUAUCGUCGACGUGUCCUCGUCGCUGUGGGAAACACGAUUCGGCCUAGCACCGCGUGUUUUACUAACAAUAUUAACCCUUUAACAAAAGUGAAUGCUCUGUAUGCCCAACCUUGUGGAUGAUACACUUAGACUACUUUUAUCCUUUGAUGUACAUCAAAGAAAUCGUGCGGCAUCGUAACGGUAAAAUUGACUAAUUGUGAAGUCGGGUGUCGCCCUUCUGCAUUAAAGGACAGGAACAGCCUAGCGAUUGAUCAUUUUUUCUUAUACCUGAAACAAAUCAAACCGCUAACUUCGUGCCUUCAGUUUUGUCAUGAGAGAUCCCAUGGGUAUAGGGAAGAUGUAACGAUUAAAUUGGACGAGAAUCGGUGUUUGGGAUUCGUAUAUUUUUUAUUGCGAAAAUGAUAUUUUAAAUUAGCUUCUUAAACUGAAAGAACAAUGGCCUUUUGGCUGGUGGUGCUUUUAUAAUAUGUCCUUCUUUGAUGUACACCGUGUCAAUAAACGUCUUCUGUGAAUAUCAUGAAUGUUCCAUUACAUCUUUAUUUGUACCCUACUGUAUAAUGAUCUUAAGGAUCCGUGUCCCACUGCAGGCAGAACACUAGAGAGCUCCACUGUACAAUUCUGUGCAUAGAGUAACCUCCCCUCAUUUUGGUUUAGAAUAUAACUAGAGCAGCGGAAGGGCCAGGAUACUUCCGUUGACUAGAAAGCCGAGUUAGUUUAAGCGCCAGUUCAAUGAUUGAUUGCCCAGGGUUCGAAUCCUGGUCUGGCCUCAUUAUUUUAUAUAGAAUUUCGUCAAGACAUGGGUUAUUUUCAGAAAGGAGUAAUCAAAGCUUAAGUUAUGCCAUGAAAAACACUCUUUCCUUGAAAGGGUGAGACUAGGUGAUUAGAAUACACAUAUUGCAUGCACGUCGUUUACAAUCCAGCUACGCGCCCGAGACUCUCGAAAAUUAUUUUAAAAUAUUGACAAAAUGUGAUUUAUAUUUUAAUUUACCACCGAAAUAAGAAAUUGCACUUAAGCACAGAAUCUGAGAUUUUGUAUAAGAACGGUUUCAUGAAGAUGGGGACAAUUUAAUGUUUCAUGAGUAAGGUAACUGAAAGUUUCCAUUUACUGUAAAUGUGUACUAGAAUUUCGGGAUUUUUAUAGAUCGGGUUCAUUGGGGUUUUGAAGAGUGCGAUUAAUUGAGGGUGCGUGUGGGACUGAUUAAUGUUUGUCGACACCUUACGUUCAGGAUUCGAUUUAUUAAAUAUUUCAACUUCAUUUUCGUCAUUCUUCGUUUGACAUCAAAAUUUAGUUCCUGCGUACUUUGCCCUUUUUCCUCGCCAUUAUGUAUUACAGUGUGCCUUAAUUGUUAAAUUGUUUAUUUUGUAACAUUACAUAAAUACCCACUCGUCACAUCUCGGCAGAUUCCGUACCUACAUCAUGAAAGGUACCGGAAUCGGCCGAGGUUUGCCGAAUGCAUAAAUAUCCAGUAAAGCGCCUUUUUCGCUUCAUAACGGGAUAUAAUAUGUUCGUUACUAUCCUGUCCGAUUUUAAAAGCGUAUGGUCGGACUGAAAUGUGGCGUCGAUUUGACGUCUGCUUGGAAUAUUUCAAUCGGGCGAUUCCAUUCUGUUAUCAGGUACGCACACCUUCUUAUUGAUGUACAGGCGUGUCACGUACAGUACACACGUUCUGGGCUUGGUUAUCAUUAAUCCGGUCAGUAAAACGGUUUAUUAAAUUCAACAUAAAAUCCAUAAUAUUUCCAUAACGCUUACUCUGAAAUUUAAACGAUUUCUCUAUUGAUAAAAUCAGCAGUGCGCGUACUAUUACGAAAUUAAGAUUGUUUUUUUAAGAAUUUAGAAAAACUUGCUAUUUAGGUUGUUUGAUCAAGUAUUAAUUUUGAGAUUAAAGAGACUUAUUCUUGGGUUAAACGUUUCAUUUGUUCAGUGUGAACUAACAGAAAUAUUUCUUGCAACAUAUAUGCCAUGUAGAUAUAUAUAUUUAUGAA